CCCUCUGUGCAGCCUGAUUUCGGCGAAACAUCUCCGGCGUUAUGCGCACCCGGAGUGCUGCUCGUCUCUAAAGGUCUCACAUGAGGCCUACAUGUUAAAGCUCGCACCCCCUCCUCCUCCUCCUCCACCACCACCACCACCUCCUUCUCCUCCUCCUCCCUGCAACAAUCUCACCGUGAUGGCCGAUGAUCAACAACAGCAACCUGGUCAGCUGCAGCAGGGUGCUCUCUCCGGACCGGCGUCUCUCCCCAGCGCGCUGUUGUCAGGGCUACAGGGCACCGAGGCCACCGCGCUGCACUACGACAAGAUCAAGAACUCGAUCUGCAAAUCUGUACAAUCAAAAGUGGACAGCAUUUUGCAAGAUGUUGAGAAGUUUACAGACAUUGAAAAACUCUACCUCUACCUUAAGUUGCCUUCUGGUCCCAGCAGUGGUAAUGACAAAAGGACUGAAAAUCAGAGGGGGUCUACAAGUCCUGCAACAUGUGACCAGAAUUCCACGUCAUCCAGUCGGACCCAACAGAUGUACGCUUUCAACUGGAUUCGGAAUCACUUAGAGGAGCAUCCGGAGACCUCACUGCCAAAACAAGAGGUGUAUGAUGAGUACAAGAGCUAUUGUGACAAUCUUGGCUACCAUGCUCUAAGUGCGGCUGAUUUUGGAAAGAUCAUGAAAAAUGUCUUUCCAAACAUGAAAGCACGUCGCCUUGGAAUGCGAGGAAAAUCUAAAUACUGUUAUAGUGGACUGCGAAAAAAAGCUUUUGUGCAUAUGCCAUCUUUGCCCAACCUGGACUUGCAUAAAGCAGGAGAUGGGUGUGAGCUGUUGGAGCCAACCGGUCAGUCUCCCAGUGCUGAGGAUGAGAUGCGUUCUGCAGCCUGUGGCUUGGUGUGUGAAUGGGCACAGAAAGUUCUGAGCCGCCAGUUUGACAGUGUGGAGGAUUUAGCGCGCUUUCUACUCAACAGCCACUACAUUGGCACUAAAUCCAUGGCUGCACUAACUGUUAUGACUGGAACCCCAACAGGUGUUAAAACGCCCACCCCGGCCUCUGCGUUUGUGCCAACUGGUGACACCAACUCCUUCCAGCCCCAAAUGAAGACUCUCCCUUCACCCUCUGUAGAUACCAAGCAACAGCUACAGCGAAAGAUUCAGAAGAAACAGCAAGAACAGAAACUUACUUCUCCAUUGCCAGGUGAUGCGCAAACCAGAAGAGCUGAAGCCGGCACCCCAGGCCCUGGGUCUAGUCUCGCCUCUGGAAGUCCAGCUUUGUUGUCCUCACAGCCUGCAAUAGGUAUUGUGGUGGCUGCAGUACCAAGCCCUAUCACGGUUCAGAGGAAUAGACAGUUGAUGACUUCUCCAAGUCCAGUUACGACAACAGAGGGAAAAGUAUUACCAGUGAAUUUCCAAGUGGUGGCCCAGUCUGUUAAGCAGUCCCCUAAAACUCCGCAGAAUAUUCCUGCCAGUCCUGUUGGUGAUAGGUUAGCCAGGCACAGAUAUGCCCAGAUUCUCCCCAAACCCUCUGCCACAAGUGGCAUAACUCUUCGUUCCCCCCCAACACUCCUUAUUACUAACAGCCCUAUAAAAACAGUGAUGCCCACUCCACAUGUCAGCUCAGUUAACGUUGUCAAGAUGACUGCUAUAUCAUUGACCCCUAACAAUAGUGGUGGUAGCAACACUCCAACACCAUUACGACCUGCUUCAGCUGGUAUCAGUAGCACUGUUUCCCAUGAAGAGUCUAACCAAAUUCAGCAAGCUCAGAACGGCAGCUCAGCUAUUCUGCAGUCAUCUGGAGCUGGAAGAGUGUGUCGUCCUGCCACAACCCCAAUUCCAUCCAUUUCCUCCAUUAGUGAAGUCAAGGUAACAUCUGAAGCUGUGAAUGAUAGUAACUCCUCUGCUGGUGCAGAAAAGCAGAGCACUGGACCAGGGAGCAAUAUUGGGCAAAAGAACGAGAGGGCCACUAAAUAUAGGGCUUCCAGUGAACCUUCUCUUCUUGUCAAGGCAUCCCCAGUGCCUGAAAGAGUUGCUAGAGCCAAAAGUGACUCUGCAACACCUCCAAGUACAAUCAUAGGGGCAGCUGUCCCAAUUAGCAAUAACAGCAGUGUUCAUCAGGAGAGUACUUUGUAUCUGACUGUUAUGAAUCAGAAUGCUGACAUUGGAUCUAAUGACACAGCUUCCCCAACUGGCCAGUCACCAAAAGAUGCUGGUCUUGGAUUGAAAAGUCCUCGAAAGCGCUCUGCUUCUGUUUUGGAGUCUCAUGCAAUCCCAGUUAAGAGGGUGUUCAUAUCCCAGCAGUCUUUGGAUGCCAGUAACAAUCCUAAACCUAGUCUCGUUAUAGCCACAAAGAAGAUACAGAGGCCAGGAACUCCUGCGAGACCAGAGAGUGCUCCAUGUAAAGUUACUCUAAAACAGAAUUCCCUUCCAACCCAAAUCCUGGCACUUUCGGAUACACCAAUUGGAAACACUUCUCAGAUUAUUAUAAGUUCUCAGAGUUCUUCACAGGUUGAGCAUGGGGACAGCUCUGCUGGAAUAAGCCCUACUCAUAUAGGCUCUUGUAAUAGCACAUCAUCUGAUCAAACUUUAUUGCAACAUAUUGUGAGCCAGCACCAAGUUACCAUUGCCAUUUCUCAGGAGGCAUCUGCUGUGAGUGAGCUGAAGAGCUCGUUACAAGACUACUCUCAACAAAUACAGGCAGAGCAAAAGCAGGUAACUGUUAGCCACUUGCCAUUGAUGGCCCAACCUACUGAAGCAUCUUCUCAGUUGACUCUCCAGCAAGACAUUGUUGACUUUGAUGGAGCUCAAGCCAGCAUAGACUAUUUCCCCUUCAAUGAUGAUGACAUGACACAAGAUAGCAUAGUAGAAGAGUUGGUGCAGAUGGAGGAGCAAAUGAAGCUGAAUAGCAGUCUACAGCCUUACCUUACUUCUCUUGAUAUACCCUUACCAGGCCAGUCAGCUCAAAGCACCAUCCUUUCCUCUCACCAGACUGGCACUCAGUUCUACCAUUCUGCACAUAGUAGCACCACUCCAGUACACACUCCAACCCCCACACCAACUCCAACACCGACACCAACUCCAACCCCUACCUCUGAAAUAUUGCCAGGGGGCCACAGCUUGACCAGGGAAAGUCCUUGCUGUAGAGUGGCACCUAUUACCCCAGUCGAUGGGAUUUUAGGUGGUCGACAUACACCUAUUAGCACUCCAUUGUCCAACUGCAGCAGUAGUGUCCCACCAAGUCCUGUUGAAUGCCGUAAUCCCUUUGCAUUUACCCCCAUUAACUCCAACAUAACAGGUUAUCAUGAUGGCAGUGUAGUGUCUAGUAGCCCAGUCAAGCCCAUGCAGAGACCAAUGGCCACUCACCCAGACAAGGCCAAGCUGGAUUGGAUUAACAAUAGAUAUAACAGCACUUCAGGUUCACCAUCAGUUUCCAACAGUAAUGCCAUUGGAAUCCUUCCAAGCUAUCAGGACCUGGUGGAGGACCACUUUCGUAAGCCACAUGCAUUUGCUAAACCAGGGCAGUCUUUUCAGUCUCAAUCCAGGCACCAGGAUGGGCAUUUGGGUCGAUUAACAGCUGUGUCACCCGUACAACAAGGACAACAGGCGGUGGAGAACAAGCAAGAAAGUUUUGCUGUGCCAGCACCAUUAGACAAUAAAGUUACAGCUUGUACAUCUGGGAGCGGAGGUGGAACCUUUAGGUGUCGCAGUGUGAGCCCUGCUGUUCGUCAGCGCAAUCUAAGUGGCACGUCUGUGCAAACUAACCCUACCCCAAGAUCUGCUGUUUCACCAUUCAAUUCUCCCAUAACCUCAGAGGUUCUUAGCAUUCUUUCCAACAGUCAUUCAGUGGUCACGGCCAACAGCAUGGCCCAAAGGAGCCAGUCAGUACCACUAAGCAUCAUGAUGCAGUCUGAGAUGUUGCCAAUUGGCCAGCAGGGACAGCAAAGUAAUAGUGCCAAGAUCACCAGUGUGCUCCUGAGCAAAAUGGACGCAGAUGUGGAUGAUACAGUGCGUGGGUUGGGUGUUAAUAAUAUGCCCUCCAAGUACACAGCCCGGAUGAACCUGACACAGAUCUUGGAGACUACACAGGCCUUCCCAGAAGGCACUAACCAUCAUGGUCAACAGCUAUCUGUCUGUUCAAGCCCUAUACAGUUUGACUUCCAGAAGCCUGGUUUCCUCAUAAGCACUGAAGAUGAAUCAAUUACUUUUUCUAGUGAUGACCAAGCACAAUCAGGCUCUCGGCUACAACAAGAGCAGCAGCUUCAACUACAGGAUCAACAGUUGGAACUACAGGAUCAACAACUGUUGCAAGAUCAACAGUUGCAACUUCAGGAACAACCAUUGCAACUCCAGGACCAACAAUUGGAAUUACAAGACCAACAUUUACAACUGCAACACCAACAACUGCAGCUACAAGACCAACAGCAGCUACAACAUGAUCCAGACCUCAGCCAGCAGCAGUUGCUGUCUCAAUCCUCACAACAGGAUGAGGAACAGCAGCAGCAGGAGCAACUGGACUUUAACAGCACCGUCAAGGAUCUCUUGGGAGAGGAUGGCCUCAAUCCCAGCUCACAAUUGGUUGGGCAGGUGGCAUCAGAACUCAGCGCAGUAGCAUCUGACUUUUCUAGUGAAAUCCGUUUGACUUCUGACCUUUCUGGUAGCAUCAAUGACCUGAACACUUUGGAUCCCAACCUUUUGUUUGAUCCAAGUCAGCAACAGGACCAAUAUGAAGACGCCACACUGGAGGAGCUGAAGAACGACCCGUUGUUUCAGCAGAUAUGCAGUGACACUGUGAAUUCUGCUGGAUUUGACUGGUUGGAGAACAAAGACCAACCAACAGUAGAAAUGUUGGGUUAGUAUUGUUUCCUUUUGUGUUUGUUGUGGUUGUUGCUGUUUGUCACUAUUUAUGGUUUCUGUUGAUUGUUAUGUUUUUGUGAAUGUCCUUUAUGCUUUUUCAAUGUGAUUUGUCCACUGCAUCCACACACACUGGAUACAUCAGUCAGUCCAGUGGGAAGUGCCAGUCUGACCUGAAGUGUUCAUUUAUAGGAUUGUACUUUAUUUUAUUUUAUUUUAUUUUUUUACCAUUUCAUUGCAGUCUUCUCAUCCUGACAUUUCUGCUAUAGUUUACCAUUUCUUUCUUUUGGCCCCAAUGUGCAUACAUGUUUUUAUUAUGGUAAAACAAGUUUAUAUUACCCAGUUAUAUGCAUUUUUAAUACAGUUAGUUUUUACUUUAACAUCUGUUAGUACAUUGACAUUUUAAAUAUCCUGUUCCCAUGAAUCAUAAGUGAUGUGAAACUAAAUGCAGUAUUUUGCAUGAUGAAUCACUGAGUUUUUAAGUGUCUUGCAGAUGCAUUGUGUUUGAGUUUGCAAGUAUGUUGGUAAGUUACAUUGCUAAAGAGUUUACUUAAUUUACAUCAUCAUGACUCAAGUUUGCCAUCACUCUUGCAUAUCUUAAGUGUCAGUCAAAUGAAAAGAUUUUUGGUGCUAACAGGUGCUCAAUAACAGUAACUGGCAUCAUUUUCAGUAAUUAUGUUCUGUCUAAUAAAUAGAAAAGUAGAAAACUUAAUAGGCCAUAUUAAUUGUACUGUUAAAUAGAAGGAUAAUGAAGAGGAUUACACUUUUGCUCUAUUUACACUUGUUUAAAAAGUGAAUAUUACAUGAGGGAGAUUAAUCUGCCUUAUUUCCAAAGUCCUAGGCCUUAGGCUUAGGCUUUAAGGUGCAGAAAGGCCUUGCUGCAUUUCCAAAAAAAAAAAAAAAAAAGCUUGGCUUUUUGUUAAUGUGAAUUAUCGAUGUGGUUUCAAAUGCAUAUAGUAUAUUUCAACAUUCCAUGUAGUUUUUCUUCACAUUUUGUUCCAGUUAAUGGCUUAAAAAUAUGACGAUAUCAUUUCAAAAGAGUAUGCUGAUUGCCUAAAAGCUAUUUAAGGCUAUUUCUUGUGAUCACAUGUCCAACCUACUAGUUAUUCAUAGAAUUUCAAGCUAAAAUCCAUACCAAAGAACAGCUUUUGAAAAACUAUAAGCGUUUGAGAUUAGUGACGUUCAUCUUCAAAUUAACAUCAUUUUUGAAGAAAACUCGUUGGACUUGUUGGUGAAUAAAACAGGGUUUUAUGGUACUUGAUUUUCAGGUGGGCUCAUAUUUGUGUAUAGUAUGUAUAUGGCAAAUGUAUCUGAUGUACAGGUAAUUAUGGAUGGUAAGCAUGUUGUCAAAAGUCAUUAAUGGAUUCAUGAAAGUUUAAUUUGGCUAUUUGUAGUCACUAUAUUAAUGCCCCAUAUGUAAAAAUGACAUCAUUUUAUCAAUACACUGUCUUAAAGUGAUGAUUUUUUUUAGAUAGGUCCGAGUACCCUUGAGAAAACAAAAGAAGAAAUGUUACAUUGCUCAUAUUGAAACUAUAGCCAGCACGAUAUGCUGUGUGUUAUGUUUUUGGCUUUCUGUGUAGUGCAAGUAAUGCCGUCUGUUUGGUCUCUAGCUUGAUGUGCCAUUUUCCUUAGAGAGUCUAUUGGUCUCUGCUUUGCGGAUGUGAUGUGUACAUUGAGAGAGGAAAAGACGCAUGGUUUAUGUAUUUUAAAAAAUUAAAAAAAAAACUAGACGAAUAAUCAUAUAUUAAAUGUUCAUUUUAUUGUGACGGUCAAUUCAUGUAUUGCGCAGAGAACCCUGGAGUGGCAGGCACUGGAAAUUCAAUGGUUUAUGAUUCAGCAAACUAGGGAAGUUCGCUUUAUUGCACUAAAGAUUUUCCUUUUUUUUGUAACCAUGCCUUUGUGAGACAUUUAAUGGACAAAAUGGAACAAUUGAAGCUAGCAAAAAAGCAGAUUUUUUUUUUCAAAGGUAAAAUUACAAAAGGGGAAUUACAUAUGACAUGGAAAAUUUACAAUUAUUGCCUUGUGUAGCAAUGUGCACUAAUCUCAAUGAGAUACACAUUUUACUCAUUCUCAUCCAUGAGAAUAAGAAAGAUAAAAGCAAACAAAAUUUAACCUUAUAAAAAGUGAAUAAAAAGAGAACAUACUUCACUAUGUUAUUCAAUGAUUGUAUGUGCGCAUGUAUGUUGAACUAUCUAUUGUAGUACAUGUUGUGACCACUCCCUCCGCAAAAAAGGGAAUGGUUGUGUUGACCAGAGAGAAAAAAAAAAGUAGUGUUCUUUUUAAUAAAAACCUAUGUGUUUGCUAAGUUAAUAUUGUUCUAUAUGUUUUAGUUCACAAACGUGUUCUUUUUUCAUGCAUUUCUAUUUUGUUUGUUGUUUUUGUUUUUUUACAAAAAAAAAUGCCUUUGUGAAGAAAACUGUAAAUAUUUUUUCUAUGUUUUGUCAUUUAUCAAGGCACUGAUUUAUUUACUUUUUUUUUAUUAUUUCACGAAGGAAAAAACUAAAUCGUACUUUUUUGAUACACAAACGUUUCAUCAAACUUUUAAGUCUAAUGCUGUAUUUCUGACUGGUCUGAUAUGGGGGGAAAAAAGUGUUUUCUUUCUGUCUAUUUGAAACAGUAGAACCUUUCUCUGUGCUGUUGUCUGGUGUACUGCUCAAUGUACAGUAGCUUGUUAAUAUUGCCGAAGCAUUUUAGCAAUGUUUGUUUCUCUUUUUUUCAAUGGAAAGUACUCACAGGUGAGAUUUUCUAAGUGGUUUUAAAAGCCAAUAAAGAUUUUUAAAUAAUCGGUGUAUUUUGUUCUGAUUUGAUAGAAUAUUGUGUUGUAUUGCUUUAGGUUUGUUGACAUUUUAUCAUCGUUGGUGUAAUCUAGUAAAUUCAGACCGCACUGCCCUCUUUUGGUCCUCAGAAGAGAUCCUGAUACUACCCCAAGUUCCAUGCAACAAACUCAGGUCCUUAUAUAAGCAUCUUUCUU